UUUCCUACAAUAUUUCCCUCCAGAGUGUUAAGCUAACAGCAAAACCGAAAGACCUUUUCAUUUAUCAACCUUUCUUUGUCACUCUCAUUACCCAAAUCACUUUCAAAUGGUUUCGUAAACUCAAAAUACGAAAUAUUUCAUUUGAUUUUCGUGGGUUUUUUUUUUUUUUUUUGUUAUUUUAUUUAUUUAUUUAUUUUCUUCGGAAAUCUCUACAAUCUUUACACUUGUAUUUCUCUGAUAGUUAGUGUGUAUGUGUACUGUUGGUAUCGGUGUGAGAAGGGAUGAAAGUUGGAGUCAUGAAUAAGCUCAGGCGCCGUAAGCAGUCUAAUGAGAAUCCUGCUGAUGACACUAAACCAAAUGGGGGGAAUUUACUUGUCAAUGAUCGUAACAAGUACAAGUCAAUGUGGAUCCGUACACAUUCUACCCUUUGGAUGAUUGGGGCCUUUGUCCUCAUCAUCUACAUGGGCCAUCUUUAUAUUUGUGCCAUGGUGAUGCUGAUCCAAAUCCUGAUGGAAAAAGAGCUGUUUAAUCUGCUAAGGAAGGUCCGAGAGGAUCGAGAUCUUCCUGGUUUUCGGCUAUUAAAUUGGCACUUUUUCUUCACUGCAAUGUUGUUUGUCUAUGGUCGAUUCCUCAGUCAGCGGCUUGUCAAUACUGUCACUUCAGACAAAGUAUUGUAUAGGCUUGUUAGCAUUCUUAUAAAAUACCAUAUGGUUAUCUGUUAUUUCUUGUAUAUCGCAGGUUUUGUGUGGUUUAUUCUCUCUCUGAAGAAGAAGAUGUACAAGUAUCAGUUUGGCCAGUAUGCAUGGACGCACAUGAUACUUACUGUUGUGUUCACACAGUCAUCAUUCACGGUGGCCAACAUCUUUGAAGGAAUGUUUUGGUUUCUUCUUCCUGCAUCACUUAUCGUCAUAAAUGACAUUGCGGCUUAUUUAUUUGGGUUUUUCUUUGGAAAAACUCCUCUGAUUAAGCUUUCUCCUAAGAAAACUUGGGAAGGAUUUAUUGGGGCUUCGGUUACAACCAUCAUUUCAGCAUUUUUGCUUGCAAAUGUCAUGGGUCGGUUUGAGUGGCUAACAUGUCCACGAACGGACUUGUCUACUGGUUGGCUUCACUGUGAUCCUGGGCCGCUGUUUAAGCCAGAGUAUUACCACUUACCAGGAUAUAUUGCAAACUGGAUCCCUUGGAAAGAAAUUCCCAUCAUGCCGGUUCAAUGGCAUGCUUUGUGUCUAGGCCUCUUUGCAUCAAUCAUAGCACCUUUUGGAGGAUUUUUUGCCAGUGGCUUUAAAAGAGCAUUCAAGAUCAAGGACUUUGGUGAUAGCAUCCCUGGACAUGGUGGAAUUACUGACAGAAUGGAUUGUCAGAUGGUAAUGGCCGUCUUCGCAUAUAUCUACCAUCAAUCCUUUGUUAAGUCACAAAGCCUCUCAGUUGAGUCUAUCUUGGACCAGAUUUUGAUGAACCUUACAUUUGAGGAGCAGCUUGAUCUAUACCGGAAGCUUGGAGAAAUCUUGCAGCAGAAAAGAUUUGGACAACAUUAAAAUUCACGCUAUUGCUUUGAGAAGAACAAUCGUACUGUGCUUUCCUUGUGAGCAUUUGGUACUAGUCCAGUGAAUCACUUUGAUAGCUUUGCUGGAUUAUGUUGCCUUUGUCCUUAUACUUGAUUGACUUCUUCUUCAUUUGAAGAUUAGCGGGAGAAGCUGUUGGUAAUCAGUGAACUGCUAUCUCAACUCAUGAUUAUAUUAGAGGGCUGGUAUUUGUCGAGUUAGGACACUUCAUUAGGGCUUGGCUUGGAUCUUCUUUGGAAUAUGAUAUUGGUAGCAGUUGCAUUGUACAUGUGGAAGAACUAGGAGUUUUUUGUUAGUCAUUGUACACUAGAGUGUAUCAUAUAAUCUUUAUCUGGGAUUCAUUUUCCUGGUAUUUUGUCUAAAAUAGUUUUCAUUGUUUUUAGGGUUUUUCUUAAAGAUAUAUUCUUGCAAUACCAUUCAUUGACCAUUGUUGGUGCUGUGGUUCCUUGCAUUCCAUUAACAAUUAUGAUUGUUUUGUGGUGUACA